UUGCCCUGCAAUUUGUGACGGCACUCACAGCCGAACAGAUUGUCUCAAUAAAAGUUUGAAGGCCAGAUAAUAAUCCUCGACUUAUAAGAGAUUUCUUAUAUACAAGCAAACCAUGGGUAUGAGCUGAGGCGGAUUUUUCAAAGCACAGCGGCUCGGAAACCCACGCACCUACACGGUUGGGCGAACAUACGUCAGACAGUCCUGACUUGUUCCUUGGGAGCCGAAUGACGGUAACAAAACCUCCCACCUCAAAGGCUUCGGAAUUUUGCCCUUCCGAGGCAUCGAUGAUGUCUGGAUGUUUUCGAGCAAGAAAAGCGGGGUCACUUGUGUGGUGCGUGAGCGCCUCAAAGCUCCGUAUCACAGCUCCUGGUUUUCGCCUCAGCCUGCGUCUCGUGAAUGGGGGGAGUGUCGAUCCUAGUCCAAGCAGGCAACACGAAAAAAGUACACGGAGACGACAAAUCAUACACGCAGCAAAUGAGAGACUUCACAGGAAAAGUGUGAGCUGUUAACAAAUAUAAAGGUCAUUUGGAGCGCUACCUGGGAACGGGAGUACUCGUGUCGUGAGCAACACGCUUGUUUUAUUCUGCCCUUACCUGCGGUGCCUGUGGAAUUACUCUUGACUAGCGCGGGACCAUUUCCGUUGUUGCCUGGGAUUUGCCUAGUUGUUUACGAAAACUUUCCUAUUUGUUCAGCCUCUCGAGAGAGUGGUGCUUUAGGUGAAUGCGUGGGUUGGGGGGCAAGUUCUGAACGGAAAGAAGAAGGCAUAGCGCUCGAAGCGGUGAUCAUUUCGUGUCUGCGCCCGUGCAUGUGGUAAAAGGUGGGUUUGGGCUUCUUCCCACCCGGCAAUUUUCGCGGACCUUCACCAGUGCUUUUCCGCAGAAAUACGACUACAUUGUCAGGUAGUCGAGUCUAAUUAUAGAGCUCUUCGUACUCCUGCGUGUCCUCGGUACAAGACUGUCAUCGUCGUCUUCACACUUCUCCCCCUCUGCUUGCCAGGUAACUGCUUAUGGAGAGAAAGGGGCACCACUGUCGAAUGAAAGCAUACAUGCUUGUCCGGGCUUCGGGUGCCUCGAUGCAUCCAGAUGCAACCGGGGAAAUCGGCGCUGACAGUUUUUCCUCCGUGUUUUCUAGUUGCGCUUCCCGUCUCAUUUUUCCUUGACGACUGCGGUGCUCCUGCUCGUGUGUGUUCCCAGCAACCCCUGUUAGGUACAGAGCUGUUUUGUCUGUAUUUACACCAGGCUUUUAACUGUGUCUCCGGACCCUUCGGGGGUAUGCGGUACCGAGCGUCAAAACAUUUCUUUUGAGAAACCGGCUGCACCGGCCAACAAAGUGCUUGAAUACCAGCUCACACUCGAAGUGCCGGCAAUUGCAGUCUCUCUGUUUCAUGGAGUCCAGUGUUGUAAGGCGUGUGUCUGUCCAGAACUUCCUCUAGUUCAUGUUUUUCCGGUAGGAAACCCGCUUUCAAGCGCAGUUGGAACCUGGAAACGCAUAUGUCGACCUCGUGAGUCUCCCGUUGUCCAGUCGUCCAGGGGUCUUUUUUGACGAUCAAGAACGAACUGGUCACAUUUUUGCGAAUUUCCGCCGUGUCUCUGCGUGAAGAGAGCCAGGACAUGACUCCAACGACAAGCCAGUCGUUGUCUUGUCGGUACCGCCCGUAUUUGUUAGGGCGGAGUUAGUGAUCCUAGUCGAUCUGUGCUCGAACUUUCCACCGGCCGGACCAACCCCCGUUUCGCUUCGUACAGUUCCGCUGCCAUCGGAGAAACGCCAUUUUGGCGGCUUUAGAUCUCCUCGCCAUGCUGGCGGUGUAGUGGCCACACGUCUUCUCAGUUGUCUUCGUUCAACCGUGCACAGCCGCUGCUGGGUUUUGGUGCAGGGGCCGCAGCGACCACGCUGACAUUUGCAGGUUUCCCGAACUCGCCGUGUGUCUCGCUUCUGGGUGCGACCACCUGGGUCCAGCGUCAAUUAUGCCUGCCCAUAUUUAUUUGUCUGACCCGCAGAUAUGAAUACACACGUGCAGCUCACAAUAGAGUGCACAACCGUCGAAUCUUUGUAAGUCAAUUGAGGUUGGAGGUUUCGUUUUUUAGUGCGUGAAGGCCAUGUCGAAGACGAGCAGAAAAAACGCAAAGAUUCCUCCAUCGGGGGGAGGAAAGGGCGUGAAACGUGCGAGCUGCAAGCGCGAAGUCAACCGGGUGCCGAUCUCGAUGAGGGCGUCGUUGCAGAGGGAAGCAGAUCUUGGACGGAAGGGGAAGGCGUCGAAGACGGCGACAGCUGCUGUCUCGAGUCGAGCCGAACCCUCAUCCUCGCGGGUCAAGAGAGAGGCGGGCAGCGGCAGAGCGUCUUGUGAAUCUCGAGCAAGUCGUGUCUCGGAUUCGAAAGAAAAAAUUACCCACUCACUCGGAAGAAACCGAACGAAUGCGGGAGAAAAAUGGGAGAAGGUAGGGGCUGUCUGCGCGGGGAAGCAAGGGGCAGAGAGUCGCAGAAAAGGAGGUCCGGAGUCUUGCCGGAAACAAAAGAGCGAUCAGACAGGAAAGGACGACGACGAGACCAUUGAACCCCACUACGAUCAAUGGUACGACGACUACUACAAAGAUGAACUUAACUUGGCCGACGAGACUUUGUUGGAUGUCCUUGUGGGCGUUAUCAAACGGCACCAUGGUCGCCACUACUACGGAGACUGUUUGCCGGCUUCUGCGUCUUCGGGUACGGCGAGGAGCGACGCACCGCAGCCUGAAACAGGGCAUAUCGCUGCAUCUGAAGGAGAGGGGAAGCAGGCGGAGGAGGAACUCAACAGUUUAACCAGUGACGCUUUGCAGGUGAAAAAGGCCUGGGCCUUCGUGGCAGAAGAUGCGGCUCUAGCUCGAGCGCUGGCCCGAGGUGCAGCCUCUUCUGCGCCGGCCUCCCGGAAGGCGUCGAAAGCGAACGACCGCCCGUUGCCACGAAGAUUCCCGCGGGGAGAAGAGGCACAAGCGAAAGGACGAGGCGAAGAAAAGACUCAGGGACUGCGGACGCGGUGGCAGUGUUUUCUUGAGCGUCGAAGCAAACGGCUGGAAGUCGAGCGCUUCGUGCAGAACGAGAUCGACGCCGUUGAGGAGCGGCAAGGGGUCGCGCCUGAGGAGCGGGAGAAGCCAAAAACAUCGCGAGGCGCCAAAGAGGAAUCUGAAAGUUCCAGUUCACAGCUCGGGACAGAGAAGCGAGGAGACGAGAACCCGGAGGAAGGCGGCGAAGCCUGUUCCGCUGACUGGGUGUCUCAAAAUGAAUCAGACAGCAGACUGCAGAAGUGCACGUUAGACGAAGUGGAGGCGAUGAAUGGGGUUGGAGGAGGGGAACAGAAUUCGUCAGAUCCUUCGGCUUCCCAGAACGCAGCUGCUUCCCCGACGCUUUCAACAGAAGCGCGGCCGGCUGAACCUAAGGCAAAGAUACGCAAAACAGAUGCGUCUCAGUCUGCCUCUCCAAGCGACCCGAGCCACAAGGAGACCCCCCGAGAGGAUGACGAAUCUGCGGACGAGGCUCUGGCCGAAAAACUUCUCCGCAACCUGACGAAGAGUCCCAGCGAUGACGAGUCGUCAUCGCCCUCCUCCUCUUCGUCUUCCUUGACUUCCUCGUAUGCUCCGAGCUCGCCAGAGACUGAAAAUGAGGCCAAUUCGGAAGAGGAGACUGGGACGGAAGGCCCGCAGAAUGGAGAGACUACGAUGAGUGCUGAGGAUCCGGCGACUCAGCCGCGUUCGAAGGAGCUGUCGAAGAAGGAAAGGGGCGUUGGAGGGACAGAAGAAGCAAGGAAACUGAAACGACGGAAGAAAGCGAAGUGGGAAAAGCCGCGCAAGAGUAAAGAGGCUCGGCUGCGAGAGAAGGAGAAGGAGAGAGCGCGAGAGAGGCAAAUGCUAGAAUCGGAGUUAAGCUCAAAGUCUGCAUGCGUGGGUACAUUUUCCACCGGGAAUUCGCAGGGGAAAGUCCAGCUGCCGCGUGCAGUCGCCUUGCGGUCGCAGUGCCUCUACCACUUUGAGGGCCUCUUGGAGGCUGAACUCUACAGCAAAUAUCCGAACGGUGUGACUCGGCGAGGAGCGCUCUGUUCGGACAAUCUUCGCGUCGAAGAGACGUUCGAGUUCUUUCUGCUCUGUCGGUUCCUGAAUCUCUUCCCGAGCUUGAUCAACGUCACCUGGUCCUUCGACGAGCUCGUCAGCGCGAUCAGUUCCCCUCCAUCUGUGGCCCCCAUUCCGGCGCGUCCGUUGACUGCUGCGCCCGAGGCAGCUUCAGAAUCGAUGGCCGCCUCCUCGAUGUCUUCACGUGCAGACGCUUCCGAGCGUCCUUCGUUUCCUUCCUUCCUGAAAGAGUUCAGCCCCGUCGUCGGGAGCGGCCCAGGAGGAGACGCAGAAAAGGGCGAACCCGGCGGAGUUCUGCGACAGAUUUUAGCGAAGCUUUUCGGCUUUCUAGGGAGACGCAUGACACCCGGAAUGUCGCUGACUCGUAUGUGCGGGAGGUACGUAGACGAGAAACGGCGCGACGGCAUCAUCCCCUCCGGCUUUCUCUGGCCCUUCGACUACCCGGUGAAGGUCUGGCAGAGCUGCGACUCUUGUGGUCUAGGCGAGAAGAGGAAGAAGAGAAAGGAGAUUGCCGCAGCGCGGGAGGAAGAAGAAGCAGAACGCGAAAAGACCGGCGUUCCUCGGGAGAAGAACAUGGGUAAAAAGACAGAGGAUGACAGCCGGAAAAAGGAGGACAAGAAAAGAGGAACCGGUUCAGGCAGUGCAGAAGGGGACGAACUAGAAGGCGUCUUCUUAGAGACCGUCUACAACCCCUUCAAGGUCUGCGAGGACUGGGGACGUUUGAAAAGCAUUCAUAAACUGCGUGUAGUUCGCCUUCUCAUCGAGCACGCCAUGAGCGAGAGUCCGCAAAUCAACAAAGCGCUGAAGGGCUUAACCGAGAGCGAGCUGGAAGCCGGUUUCAAAGGAUGCGAUGAAGAGGGCAGGCUGUACUGGAUCGUUCCGCAGUGCGGAGACCCGACUGUUUUCAAGCUAUAUCGAGAGGACCCUCGCUCUCAGCAGAUAGCGAUUUUGUGCGAAGAUAUUUCGGCGCUUGAAUCCGUUGCAGAAGCUCUAAGCAUGGAUGAGACGACUGCAGGGAUGAGUGCUGUGCUGCUGGAGGCUCACCAACAAAUCUUGGUUCAAGAGAAGCAGAGGAGCCGCGAGCUGCGCAGACAGAAGGCGUUAAGUCGGCAGUUGGAGAUUUCCAACUGGGGUUUUGUGCCGGCAAGUAGCCGCCGAGAGAAAAAGGCGGUAGAUUACACUUUUGCUGCGUACGAAGCCUCCAUCGAAGGCAAGAGUUCGAGUCGCAGUUCCACCCGGGGAGGUGGCCCGAGUUGUGCGGAGAGUCAGCGACAGGACCGAAGCGAGCGACUGAAGGCUAGGCAGGCAAGGAAGGAAGAGCAAAGUGCGGUGGCGGCCAUUGAGGCGACGAAGAAAGAUGGAGAGAGCGAAGACAUAUCAGAGGCUGCACGAACAGAAAAUGACUCUGCUCCGGCUACUGGUGAAAACGCAGCCUCUUGCGACGAUGUCCAAAGGGUGGAGGCAAAGGUGGCACCACCUCGUGCGAGACCUCCACGUCAGCGUCCGCCAAAGAUGGCACCGGGAACGAUACCCAGCAGACAAGCAGAUGGAGUAGGUCCGCACCAAGAAUACUCGAUGGCGCAGCAGCAGAGACAGCAGCUGCUUCAACAGCAGCACAUGAUGGCAGUGUUGCACCACCAGCAACAGCAGAAGCUUCUUGCCCAGCAGCAAGCUACAGCGUAUCAGCACGGAGGCGCAGGCAGUGCGGUGUCAGAGAGGCCAUCGCAGGCAGAACUUCCAGGUUACCGACAAACCGAGUGGAUGGAGCAGACUCGCCACCCUCAGAGACAGCCGCAGGUUUCCGCGACUCCGCAGCAGCAAGCUCUGGAGAUGCUGAGGCAGCGCAUGGAUCUCCUCAAGCAGUCGCUGCUGCAGCGCAAGGAUUUGACGCCAGAACAGCGUCAGGCGCUGUACCAGCAGGGGGUAGCGCAAUUGAGUGCCGACUUUACCAGAAUGAACAAUGCUUUUGCACAGACGAGGGACAGAGCGCAUGCAGCGCAGGCCUCGCGAGCACCAUCUUCACGAGCGCCAUCUGACGAACGGUCAGUCUCUGAGCGAAUCCCGAUCCACGAAUCGAGAGAGCGGCGUCUUCCGGUGCAAAACAUUUCCAGUGCGUUGUCGCAGCUGCGAGGUGCGCCACCUCGGCCUCAGCAGGCGCAUGCAGUGGCAACGCACCACCAGCUGGCGGCACAGCACGAAUCACGGGCACGAGCAGAGGCCGAACUACACCGACAGCGAGUGGUCAUGCUGCAUGAGCAACAGCAAGUUCUACGUGCACAACAGCAACAAAUGCUGCUCCUUCGUCAGCAGCAUGAACAGCAACAACUGGCGCGGCAGCGGGUGGCCCCACCUGCACCCAGACAGUCAGCUAAAAAUAUGACCCACGUGGCCGCUCACUUGAGAGGAGAGUCGGGCAGCGUGAGCGUGUCGCCACAAACAGCAAGUGUCAUACACGUGGAAAGAAUUGUGAAAGCACAUUCCGGUCGCGGCGAGUCUUUGCCGACAGCUAGCGAAGGGGCGGGAAGCUUUUCGAGAGAUGGAGAAUCUGAGAGGCGCUUCGGUGGUACGCACUUCUCUCGCGACGAUUGGAAAAGCAGCCGGGCGCUGUCAGCGGUGCGAACUGUCGAUUGUGACGGACGCGCUAGAGACUCAACAGUUGAACUGCAGGCGGCCAUGGCUAGUGUAGGCACUGGACAGGUCGGGUUUUCGCGGGAAGUUUCCGCGAGAGCUGCGGCGCCGAAACCUGCAGACAGUGGACACGUUCUGUGACUUUCUUUUGACGUAACUGUUUCGGUGAUGGCGCAGCUGUUGCACGCUCGCCGUUUUGACCCGUAAAAUGGUUAACCUGUUCUCUUCUAGUGUCUUGACGGUGUUUUUGGUUUGGAGUCUUCUCCGUCAAUGAUGUAAUUUGUGGCAGAAUCCUUAUUCUUACACAAAUGAAGCUGGCUGAUCAUGGUUCUGGUAUUUUCGCUCUUCACC